UGUCACAAAGAGCUGCUUCACUUAAUCUUUCUGAUAAUAUUUAUGUUCAUAACAGCGCUAUUAGACAUAAUCAGCAGACUAAACCUGAAUACCAUUCAGCAAAUGCAUUUAUUGCAUUAAAUGAGAACUGGAUCAAGCAAUCUAACUUCUUCACAUGUCAACAACAAAAUGCCCAGCCAUUAAGCAUUGGGAGCAUGUCCUCUAAUUUAGCCUUCCAUCUGGAUGCGCAAGUUUCUCUUUCUUUUACUUGACAUUCAACUCUUUUUAAUUAUUGUACUUCUGAAAGUAGCUUAUCUCAAUAUAUUCUAAAUAAUGAUCAUUGUUUUGCUACAUUCACAGUGCUGACAUGCAAGUUCCUCAAAUAAUGAAUUUAGGUCAUCUAAGAUCAGAUGGUUCUCUCCCUUUGACCCUGAAGACCACAACAGCAGAAUUGGUGAUGCCCACAUUUGGAGUCCUUCAUGCAGCUAAAGGAAUCAAUUUAAAUGCAGAUAAGACUAAGCUGAGAAUUGGUCCAGAUCAAAGGAAGAGGAAAGAACCAUCAAAUUCAGGGAGUAAGAAUAUCCUCCGGAAUACAGCAGAUGGUGGUCCAUCCAAGCUUCCCUAUUUCACUGUUGCGUCCCCAUUGAAAGGAGGUUUGGCAUCCCAGACGGCGAGUAUAAGUUGCAGAGAAGCGGAGUUACCUGAAAAUUCAAGGACCUUGAACGUAACUAGUCAUCUGAAAAAGGUUUCGGUAGCAAAAGAUGCUGCUUGGCAAUCUACUACUGAUGAUGGUAAUGGUAAAGCUGCACUUAAAGAUGCUAAUGUUCAACAUCGUGGAGAAAUAUAUUCAAGCACAGCACAGCAGUAUUCUUUGGAUGGUAACCAAGAUAAAAAUGAUCAAAGAAAGAUUGGUCCGGGGACAACUGCAAUGGAAGGCCCAGUACAAAUUGACAGCUUUACAAAUCAACAGUUCAAACAGGGUGAAGGUGACCGUCCAGGAAACUCCGAAAUUCAUCAUCCUGCUAAAGAAAUGAAAGAUGAGAACAAUGCAACUAAGCUUUAAACCAUCCAUCAGCAGGGCAAUUUAGAUAGGAGUGAAGAGAUAAUAAAAGACCCAUGAGCUGGAGAAAUGAAGGAACAACAAGGACUGCUAGGAGUUAAACCAUGUAUCACUAUCAAAUAGCACUCGGUGGCUAUCAUAUGCGACUAUGGAUGAACAACUGUAAUUUCCUUCUUAGUCAUUUUCCAGGAAGCUUUAUGAGUGAAAUAAUCUUAAUUAACAUUGGGAUAACAUAUGUACUGUCUAUGUCAACAGUCUGGCUUGAGGCAAUUACCAUGCUAAAAUAAUUCCUUACAUAUUUUGGACAAAGUUUAAAACAGCUUGAGGCGUGGAAUGAUCUCAUGAUUGAGGCUUUUGCAAUGUUCAAUGUUAUUUGAUUGCUUGCUUUGAUAGUACUGGCAGCGUAGCACUUAACAUGCUUUGAUUAUGAUUUUAGAAUCUUAAUUGACUGAACUUAGGUCCUUUAAUGUUUCAGGAAGAGAGUCCUUCAUGAUAUUCAAAUAAACAAGGAAAUGUGACAUUUAUGAUUCUGGGAUAGCUU